AUGGGUGACAAGGACCUACUUUACAUAAGAGCAGUGUCUCAACCAAAUGGACUCCUCGCGGUAGAGAUCGUGGAUAUGGUAUAUGACACUGAUGGUGGUGGAGGAGUUUUGGAGAAGCAUAUGACACUGAUGGUGGGUGGAGACAAUGGAGGAGUUUCUGAUUUGGGAAAGGAUAAUCCAGUGUAA